CUUUUCCGAUGACAUGAAUUGAAUCCAUCACCUCUCAUAUAUUGUUGAAGUCCAUCAAAAGCGCCAGUUCAUUGGUUUCUGAAAAGCAUCUCAGGCGUUUUUCUGGUGUCUUCUCUUCACUGCUAGGACAGUUGGUCAUCUGUUGCAUUCUGGUGGUGUUGUCAAGCAUGGCCAUGCACUCUAUCUCGGACCUGACGACCUCGGCACGGAACACGACAGGCGAUAUACCACCACCUCUUGUUGGAGCUUCAACUACCGUCGUGGGCGACAAGAUGUACCUCUUUGGCGGUCGUCUGCACUCAGUGCGACGGAUGACUUCUGACCUAUAUCUCUUCGAUCUGCGAACCUCAGUGUGGAAAAACAUCACCCCCUCAGGCGAUGACGGCGGAGCGCAUACCCCAACUUCCCGUUAUUUUCACAGUGCAGACAGUUGGAACGGCUUUCUGAUUAUUUUCGGGGGGAUGGGCUACGCCUCAAAGAACAGCGACUCACUCUGUGUUCUUAACGACGUUCGACUAUUUUCACUCGCGGAGCAUCGGUGGAUUCCAGCCGCUGAGACAAACCCUACCACUCUUGAUACCCUCUCUCUUUCAUCCUGGCCGUCUGUCAUCCCUUACGCUUCUGACCCUCUAAUACCUCGUCCUCGCUAUGCACACCUCUCCUCUAUCACCGCCUCGAGAUUGUUCAUCAUUGGUGGACAAGACAUGUCUAACACUUGGUUGGAUGACAUCCAUGUCUUUGAUCUUUCACAGAAGCGGUGGGUAGAACAGAGAGAGUACCCGCGACAUUGUGGGACAUACCGGAGCGUCGCUGUCGCGUCCAGCACUGUAAUUCGUGACCCUGUUCGCGAAAGGGUGUCAACACGGAGAAAUGAGUCAGUAUUCGCUAACGUGAAGAAGGCUACUGCUCCAGGCGACACGAUGAUGCCCCCUCAUCCUGCCCAAGGAAUUUCUGAUCAACUUGUCUUUGUCCCGUAUUCGGACGUCCCCUCUCUGGAAUAUCCCGCAGAGAUACAUCUUUACAGCAAUUAUAAUUUUACCGAUGUGCAGCGCGAACUUGAAGUUUUCACGCCUUCCGAAGAUACGUUUCAUAUUAUGGAUAAAUCUGAUAUGAUGAGCGGUGCAGCCCUCCCGCCAGGUCUUCGUUUCCCCACCGGGGUGAUCAUUGGCAAACAUCUCAUCAUAGCUGGGACAUACUUGGCCCAGUCAUACCAAUCUUUUUCUCUCUGGGCGCUCGAUUUGGACGAGAUGACAUGGUCGCGCAUCGAUCCUGGCACAAUACUGACCACUGGAUCCUGGUCCCGUGGCGCGUUAUGGACAGACGCUAACAUAUAUGUUAUUUUUGGGAAUCGUGCGGGAAAUUUGGUUGAGGAUUAUAAUCGUCGUUUGCUCAACUGGGAUCACGUCGUGUACAUCGAGCUCGAAGCAUUUGGGAUGUACACCUACCCAUCCCUUCAAAGCCCCAUCGAAGGUCAAAUAGUGGGUCUUGAUGCGCUGGAGGUGGAGCUUUUUGCGGACUUCGAGAUCCUCUGUGAGGAUGGGCGGAAGAUUAAAUGCUCGCGCAAGCUCCUCGAAGAGCGAUGGCCUUGGUUCAGGCUCCAGCGGACUAAGUACAUAGAGGCGGCCAAGAAAAUCAUGGCAACGCAAACACCGUCUGAGUUUGAAACCCCCCUCCCAGACCCCUUGCCUGAGGACAUGUUUGAAAACCCGGCAGACCGACCUGACCCUCGGUUGACGCCGAGGAUGCUGCGCCUGUCUGAACCGUAUCCCAUCACGAAGGCUCUCCUGCAGUACUUUUACACCGGAAGCAUGAUCACUCCGUUGCAACAUGCACCGCUGGUGUUGAGCGCUUUGCUACUUCUUAGUGCAAUAUAUGAAUUACCACAUUUAUCAAAACUUGUCAAACAUAUCAUGCACCAAACCCUGUCACCAGCCACAAGCGUUGGAGUCUACGAGGUCGCCACGCUAUGCGACUCGCAGAAUCUCCAGAUACGAGCGUUGCGUGUGGUGAUGAGUUCAAGCAGGAAAGGCGGUGGGCGGUCGAGCCGGCUGAGCAGGCAUGACCGAUCUGAUCGACCUCCUACGCGUGAUGACUCACAGGAGGAUCUUCAGCAUCGUGCUGCGCGAGCGAGAGGUAUGUCGGAUGCAGUUAUCCGUAACGGGGUGCCCGCCACUUCUCGUGGGCUACGCACGAAUGGGCAUGGGGGCUCAGGGUCAAACGAGCAUGAACACUCGAGAGAUUUGGAGAGCGAAAGGGUUACAUCUAGACAGAACUCAAGUACCAAUUUGGGUAUCGCAAGGGCGAACUUGAAUGUGGUUCAAGUCAAUACCGGCUUGUUGAAGGCACCUGAAGAGGAUCCAACGCAGCGCGGGAGGAGCGACUCUGAUACGAGGGGACGCUCAUUCUCGAAUGCUGUGCCGAUGUCUCCGGGUCCGAACGUUCCCGUUAUUCGGGAAGGCUCGGUAACGCCAACUCAAAUUGCGUCCUCGAGUGAGGACCAACAGGUACCUGCUAAAGGUGCUCUGCUGGACCCACGUCGUGUGUUCACCCGACAAACAUCCAUGAACUCUCUCGGUUCUGGCAGCAUACAACAACGCCUCAAAUCCCCUCCCCCCGAACGAACAGUGGAUCAAUCCAAGAUGGGCUUCGGCCGUCGUGCCUUGCAGGACGCUCCACCGUCGGAAGAAAUUUCUCCUGAUAGCGAUUCCCCUGCUCCUACACCCCCGAUCAAAGACCAGAUCCCUAUAUCACUCAUUUCCCCCAUGUCGAUCACAGCAGCACCUGCCCUGCCCUUGGCCCAGGCCUCUGCAUCACGUCCUAUCUCCAGAAAGCAAAGUGCUAACACCCUCGUAGAUUCUUCAUCCGGCCUCGGACCGGCACUCAAGUCAUCACGACGGCGAUCCUUGAGCGACGCCGGGCCUUCUCGGCCGAACACAGCGGACUCCGUUCAAACACUUGCAACAAGCAUUGUUGAGGUACCCCAUGAAGAUUCGUUUGAAAAUGUUGAUCUUGGUAAUAUGCCACCUAUGAGCAAAAGCAGCUUACCGCGAAAGGCUUUUAAGAUACUUGGGGACGACAACUAUGAUCCGUCUUCUGAUAUCUACAUAUCGGAUCCUCGUUCUGACAAGCGUAAAACGUCAGUACGACCGGGGACAGCCGAGUCGAAUCGGCCAUCCUCACCCGAGAAAAGUAAGAAACUCGCGUGGCGCAGCCGGUUGCUCCCAAAUUCCACGGAGGGAAAGAAAGGGCUGAAGGCGGUUGAUGACAAGGUCUCCGCGAAGACGAAGCUUACACUCUGGGGUACCGGAACAAAGGCAGUCGUUUCUCACUCCCCUACGGAUGAUGACUUCGCGGGGUCGACGGCGGAGAAACUAAUUAACGCACAUCUACUUUGAUGCGUGUUAGUAGUACUUUGACUCAUUGACUUGCAUGUUUUGAUUAUUCCAUUCACUGUUCGGACCGUGUUGUGAUUUAGUUGUGUGUGUAUGUGCUGCCGACAGCAGUCUGUCUCGGUGACACUUCAUUGCUUGUAUUAUGAUGCACAGACUAAUCAUUGUUUGGGCCCCUCACUGCGUUUUUGAGGGAAUCUGUCGAUUUCAAAGUGAAUGGGAUAUUCACUUUGUUCCAGGCUGUGGUGUUCACUAGAAUGGUGGUGGAUCUAUCUUAUCGCUACCCUGCCUAAUACAUGAGGAGACCACCUGUACAUAGUGGGGAGUUGGUGAUUUAUACUGUUGGGUUUUGGGAUCCUUGGAGUUUGUGUUAUCUGGGGGUUUUUGUCUGUAUCUAUAUAUGUG